GAGCAGCAGCUGCGAGGACAGGACACAAAGCGGCAGAGGAGGGGAGGCAUCGGAGUCAAUCGCCAGACGGGGCUGUCCGGAACAUCGCGAGAAAGCAGAGCAGUUGGUGGUCCGAGUGACGACAAUGAUGGGAAUGUGGCCAGCGCGGGGAUCUUGAGAGUCCCAACGGCAGCGGCAGUUGAGCCCGCCGUCGAGUGCCGAGAGCCGUUCCUGCGGGCGGCCGCACCACACCCUAUCACGACUCACCCUCGCACACCAUUCGAUCACUGUCCACUGCAUCACACCUCGAGAUCGUAAUACACAACUCCACUUUCUCACUAAGUCUCUCUACACUUGACCCAUUCCAUUACUGUCUCACAUUGGUCGCUCGCUCCUCAUUCCAUGAUGGAGCCAUCGCCGUCGAACCCGACCCACACACAGUCGCACCGCCGGCGUCCCUCCCUCCAGCUCCCUCCCGCCGCCUCUCCGCGCUCCCUCCCCCUCCCCUCCCCGCGUGCCAUUCCCAACUCCUCACCCCGCCCGAUACCCAUCACUUCGCCGCGUGCUGUCCCCCUCCCCGUACCCCAGCGCCAUGGCAGCAUCGUCGGCUCGUAUGGCUCCAUGACAGACUUCACGGCGAUGUCGCCCCGCCAGCGCCGCCGGGGGAGCAUGAGCGGCAGCUUCAGCGGCUCCGCAUCGCUUGGCAACUCGUUUGUCCUCGGUCCCGCUGUGACAGACGAAUUUGACAGCUGGCUAGAUGUGACGGCCGAGGAUGUGCUCAAGGCUGUUGAGACGGAGACACCACGGGUAACUGGUGACACUGGUCUCGAGAAGGCCACGGAGAUCCUCAUCAAAAGCGGUGCGAGUUGCCUACUUGUUGAGACGGGCGGAGGGUUCGGCCUCUUUGACUUCUCGGAUCUCAACACUGUUCUUCUGCUGGUCUUGCUCUCCGCAUCGCAGGAUGCGACCGAGGAAAUCUUUGACGAUCGUUCCCGCGAGCUCAUCAACUACUUCAAGCGCGGCAUUCGCUUCGGUGUCGGCGCCGUCUGUGACAUCUCGCAGAAGAAUCCCUGCCACCCGUUCCCACCCAGCACACCUCUGCGCCGCCUGUUGCCACUCUUCGCAUCGGGCAUUCACCGUGUCGUCAUCAGCGGCGACACGCCGCACAUCCUCUCGGCGACCGCACUUCUCGCGCACCUCACGCGCAAGCCCCCUCCCAUCUUCCGCAUGCCGCUCUCCGAGGUCGACCUCCCCCUGCACCAGCUCGUCUCACUGCCUCAGACAGCAACUGUGCUGGACGCGAUGCAGGUCAUGAGCCUGAAUGGUCUCAGCGCGCUCGGUGUGACUACCGGCGACCCAGACCGCGAGGGCGAGCUCUCAUCCCUCAUCGGCGUCGUCACGACCACCGAUUGCGCCAAGGUCGUAGUCCCCAGUGAGGGCAAGCAAGCGCUCGAGAUGAGUCUGGCAGACAUGUGCAAGGGCGUCCUGUCCGAAUACCCCGGUAGCGACCUCGGGGAGGAGCGCGUCCCUGUGCACACCAUCACACCAGCGACGACGGUGCUGCAUGCCGCGAGCCUCAUCCUCGCGACGCGAAACGAGCGCGUCUUCAUGCGCACGCUUCCCGCUGCGUCCCCGCCUCUGUCCCCCGUCUCAUCGCUGGACAAGUUCACGCCCCCGGCCUCGCCAGCCCUCGAGGGUGUGAACGUCGGCCUGCCCGCGCCGCCACCGACCGUCCUCUCGUCGCAGUACGUCAUCUCAAUCCUGGAUAUCCUGGCAUGCCUUGCACGUUCGUGCCAUGGCAAACUCUCGCCCUUUGAGCCCACCGCUGGCUCCGAGUCGUGGGACAUGCUGCCUGACAGCGUCAGCCGGCGGCGCCGACGUGCUAGUAGCUCUAUCUCGGGCUUUGCGACGUGGCGCUGGGCUGGUGAACUCCCGCCGUUUUAAUCUACUCGUCAACACUUCCCCCUCUCCCCCUCCCCCACUCCCCCACUCCACUUCUAUUCCCUCGUGUCCCGCUCUAGCUCUCAUCCAUCCCAUCAUCCGGGCCACUGUUGCAAUCAUCGAAACACAACAUCAUGCAGUCAUAAAGUUACGUCGACAGUGUAGUAUGCAAAAGAUAACUGUUACGGGGUGGUAGCUAGCUGUGGGAUACAAGGGCGGGGGGUACCGCUGGUAUUGUUCGGGACGCAGUUCAAGCUCAAGGAGUGUGAGGUUACAAGAAGUAGUGAAUCGCUCCGGCUACGGCAGCGACUGUCAUCAUCCCGCCCGCGCCAAAAGUGGCGAUCCAGUCGU